AUGCCUUCUCAUGCCUGGUAUACAACUCUUGUUGCUCAAGACCCUCAUAAUCGCCAUGCUGUACAAUGGUCAAAUGGUAGCUGGACGGUUAUUGACUAUUCUGCUGGACUUCAUGUUCUGGAUUUACACAAUGAAGCAAAAGCAUUUGAUUUCACUACAAAAAAUAUUUCUAAUGAAGAAAGAAAUCAUAAUGCUGGUUAUAUCUAUUUUCGUAUCCAAGAAGAAGAACGGUCAUUAAUACCAUUAUUACCUGGAUAUGUGGCUUUUACUACUGCUGGUAAAAAUCGGUUCAAAUUAUCAAUCCUAGAGAGUAAUAAUCAAUUACUUUUCUUUUGGGAGGAGUUUGGUUUGGAUGUAUCCUAUAGUAAUAGAAAGGCUCAUGGUGUUGAGCGACUUGCAUUUCAUUGUAUGUUAAAAAAAUAUAAUCUUGAAUCAAAUACUACCAUUCGAUCAAUUCUUGGUCUUUAUGAUCCUCAAGUAAUCAAUAAACUUCAAAGACUUGUUUAUGAAAAGUUUCCUUUACGAUAUCCUACUAUUUUUCAAAUGGAAUCACCAGCUGUCUUAUCAGAAAAUUUGCAAAAUAAUGCAAAAAAAAAAGAGGAAACAUUACAUCGUAGUUUAAAAUGA